AUGACGGCCAAGGAGACGCUCUUGGCUCUUCAGCUCAGUUGUCGAGGCGACGCUGCCCGCGAGUGUCUCCUCCGUGACUGGAUAAAGCUUACAGACGAGCGAAAGGAGACGUCGCUGUUUCAUCAGCUGCCAAAGAGCCCCACAGGUGCUGCAAUAGAUUGGCUGAAAUUGUACGAAGAAGUGGUGGCUCGAGGAGGUUAUACAAUCGUCUCCCAGCGUCAUCAAUGGACCGAGAUUCUAGGCCCCGAUGGCUUGAAUCUGAAAGGGUUAUUGCCGUAUCAAUUGGCAGCUUAUUACGACCGGUUUUUGCGUGCUUUGGAGGAGAAACAGCUCUUUGGACGAGAUCUCCCGAGGACAACGACGGCUCCGAGUGUACUGCCCAGUAAGCGGCAAGGUUACCACGGAUCGAUCACUGGAAAUGAAGACGAAGACGAAGGUCCAGUUGCAACGGUGCAAGAUCUACAGGAUGCUCAAGGUGGCAUGGGUGGGACUCCGCUGCCACGAGCUAACAAGAGAUUCAAGGCGCAGCGAGAACUUCAGACGCAUCUUGGCACGCUACACAGCAUCGUGCUGGCUCUGGACUCUGGAAUUCCGGAACAAGUGAUGUCGGCGCUGAAUUUAUUGACCAUUUUGUCUUACGGAGGUGAGUCGGGCGGUGCUGCUGAAACAGUAUCAACUGUCGCGGCAAAUGCGACUGCUACAGCAAAUGAGAACGAGCUGGUGGUGGACAAUGUUCCGGGAUUGUUAGAUGCACUAUAUCGGCAAUUAGUAUCGUGCAAAUUGCUGCCAAAUGAACAAGACGUGGAGCAGAACCUUAUGGCACGGAGGAGGUUGCUGAACUUGACUGUUGGUGAUGGCGAGCGUGAAUUGCUAGACUCCACGGCGUUGAUGGUGUUGAACAUUCUGCGCAACUUGGCGGUUGUUGGCGCAAAUGAGAAGCCAAUGGCUGCGCACGACGAGUUGUGCGUGUUCUACAUUAUCGCACUGCGUUAUGUGAAUAGCAGCGACGCGCGGAAUUGCCGUAGUGGACGAUCCCGUGCUGCCGUGGAAAUCGGCGACCAUGUAUUGGACACGUUGUGCGCCAUUGCAAAACGCAUUGACUUUCUUGCUCUGCACCCACCCGCCGCGCUUGAAAUAUGGCACCCGCAGUACCAGUUGAGCUCGCAGCUGUGGAAGAAAGAACGUGUUCUUCCGCUUGAGUGUCUACUUCGCGAGGUACGACGCAUCCUGGUCGACCGUGAUCUGAAGCAACAGCGGCGGUCAGUAGUGCUUCGUGCGUGCGAACUGCUCACCAACGUCUGCCGUGACGUAGCCAUCAAGAAGUACCUAUCUUCAAGUCAAGCUCUUCAAGAUCCUGCUUUACUUGAUUGCGUCGUGGCGUUGCUGGGAUGCUCACGACUGGAGUUUCUUCCUCGCGGAUCUAAGCAUAAAAAGCAACAGCUGCAACAAGCUCACGGAUUUCCAACAGAAGCAGACUACGACAUGGAUGCUGAAGACUCUGACGACGGUGACUCUGACGAGACUGACAGGGACGAUAAUAGCAGAUGGCCUGCCCCAUGGGAGAAUGACGGGCUACCAUCAGGUAUUGGCAUGGGCAUCGUACAUGUGAGUCCAGAAGGUGUUCGAAACACUUCGUCCUUGCCUCACGUCAACGGAGCUCACGCGGCGCAUUCCAUGGCGUUUGGCGAUGACCAGCUCGAUCAUGAAAUGCGUGAUGCUGCGUUAGAAGUGCUUUUCCGUUUCUCCGACUACGACGAUGCAACGAAGCUUCGAAUGGCACAGCACCGAAUGUGUAUGCGGCGACUCGCAGGCUCGCUUCUGUCGUGUAUCGGAAGGCCCGAAGCCGCUCGAAUCACCGUCGCCACGCUGUGCAACAUCUCGAUGAACCGCGCAACGUUCCCGUAUUUCCUACCGAUCGAGAAGGAUUUGCUCCUUGUCGCGUGUUCCGAUGUCAGUGUCUCGGACAUUCUCAAUAACGUCGUGGCCGACGUCUACGGUAUGCACUCCCUGUAA